GUUUCGUGCUGUUAUUAAACAUUUUCGUUUGAAGGGUUGGACUGCUGCACAAAUCAAAACAGAAUUAUGUGAAGUUCACGAUGUCUCUUCACCGUCAUUGAAGACCAUUUGCGAAUUUAAACGUGGUAGGACAAGCGCUGAAUACGCAGCGCGCUCCGUCCGUCCAACUGAUGUCACCACAAAGGAAGCCAUUGAGAAAAUCUGUGUCACCCAAGAGAUUGCUGAGACUAUGGGCAUCUCGGCUGAAUAAAUGCAUAAUAUCCAGUACAGAGAAUUGGCGGGUGCGUGAUUUCUCACGGUCAUGCAAAAGAGCAUCCGGCACAAUAUUUCAACACAGUGUUUGGCGAUGUUGUAUCGCAACCGGUAGGGCAUUAUGCCCCGAUUUGUGACUGCUGAUGAAACGCGGAUCCAUCAUUACACCCCAGAGUCAAAACGGUAGUCAGAACAAUGGAAAAGACUGGUGAAAGUGCAGCUGGUAAGAUAAUGGCCACGCUUAUUUUUUGGAAUUCUCAAGGAAUAAUCCUCAUACAUUACUUAAAGAAAGGCACAACCAAACUGGGCCUUAUUAUGCUUCAUUGUUCGAUCGUCUGAAACUAGCGCUGGCUGAAAAAAGACCAAGGUUGGCACGCUCUUUCACCAGGAUAAUCUACCAACCUACACAUCAGCGAUAAAAAUGGCGGAAGUGGAGGGCUUUGAACUGGUUCGUUACCCACUCUGUUUACCAGGCUUAUCCCAAGGCAACAUCUUCCCGUUCCCAAACAUGAAACUUUGGCUUGCUGGGAAGAAAUUUUCAUGAAAUGAGGAUGUGGUAGUUGCAGUCGACGAGUAUUUUGCAGCGUUUGACAGCACCUAUUUUUCCGAUGAGAUGAAGAAGCUGCCCGAGUGUGUAGCCCGCAAAGGAGAAGUAAGAUAUAUGUGGAGACUGAAAUUUGCUGUGUAUGUCUGUAAGGUCAAAUACAAUUAAUGGGUGCCAAUAAGAACUGACUUCAUAAAACUAGUUCAAAAUGAACACUAAAUAUUUAUGUCUAAUUUUUGGAGUGAUAUGGUGCAACAGUGUACUUAAAGCUCAGAGGCCACAAAUAAAACCAGUAAGAAAGCAGUCGAUGCACCCAAGGGAUAAAAUGAAGUUUUUUCAUUUGGUGAUGGAACGGCUCAAUGAACCUAUUUCUUUGCGGAAAGGAAUUGAUAGAGAUACUGCCUUCAGUAUUCCAACAGAGUAUCAUAGUGAUCGUUUUCAAACUGUGGACAUUGUCGACAGGAGUGGCUUUCCUGGAAGCCUGCAACAGGUUGAUAUUAAGCGAAUAAAGCUUCCUGAUAUAACUUCUCCCAUGAAACUUGAUUGGAAAGAGAAUUUUUCAAUAUUCCUACCAGCACACCGAGAAUAUGCUGCAGAGCUGGUCAAAAUUUUCAUGGAGAUGGAGAAUGUUGAAGACCUUCUGUCUGCUUCAGUUUACUGUAGAGAGCGUAUAAAUCCAUAUCUUUUUGUUUAUGCAAUGUCAGUGGCUAUAACACACAGAACAGAUACACUGCACCUGCCUUUGCCUUCAUUGGCUGAGGUUUUCCCUGACAAGUUCAUGGACAGAGGGAUUUUUUCAAAAGCUAGACAGGAAGCAAACAUCGUGCCACCAGGCUCAAGGGUUCCUAUAGAAAUUCCAGUGGACUACACUGCAUCCAACCUUGAUCCUGAACAUCGUGUGUCAUAUUUCCGUGAGGAUAUUGGGAUCAACUUAUGUCACUGGUACUGGCAUAUAAUUUAUCCAGGUCAAGGACCAUUUCCAAUGAAUGGUACAGAUCGUGCUGGUGAGCUCUUUUACUACUACCACCAACAAAUUGUGGCCAGGUAUGACUUUGAACGACUCAGCAAUGACUUGGGGAGGGUGGAGAGAUUUAUUGACUGGCACAAACCUAUUAAAGAAGGUUAUUUCCCUAAACUUGACAACAUCCUUGCAAGUAGAGUGUGGCCUUCAAGGCAGGCAAAUUCUAAACUUCAAGACAUUAAUCGCAAAAUUGAUCAAUUUGAACUUGACAUUCAAGACCUGGAGAGAUGGCAAGACAGGCUCUAUGAUGCUAUACACAGAAGAGCAGCCAUUGAUGAUAAGGGAAAUACAGUGCCCUUAACUGAAAAUACUGGCAUGGAUAUUCUGAGUCACAUAUUACAGUCAACUAUACUUUCUAUUAACCAAAAUUACUAUGGCCAGCUGCACAACUUUGGGCAUCUUGCUAUUAGCUGGAUUCAUGAUCCUGAUGGAAGAAAUCUUGAAGGAAUUGGCGUAAUGGGAGAUACAGCAGUGUCAAUGAGAGAUCCAGUUUUCUAUAGAUGGCACAAAUACCUUGAUGAUAUCUUCCAAGAACUUCAAAACAUGUUUGCAAGGUAUACAGUUCAACAGUUGGACUUUCCGGGUGUUACAAUCUCUUCUGUGGAUGUUGUGUCCAAAGGGGCACCAAGAAAUGAAUUUGCUACAUUUUGGCAAAAGAGUGACAUUGAUCUGUACAGAGGUCUUGACUUCACACCUCGAGGAUCAGUAUUUGCCCGUGUCACUCAUUUGCAGCAUGCUCCAUUUAAAUAUAUCAUAGAGGUCAACAAUGCUGGACCACCUCGAAAGGGUACUUUGAGAAUAUUUAUGGCACCAAAGUAUGAUGAACGUGGUGUUCCCAUGUUAUUUCGUGAUCAGAAACAUCUCUUCAUAGAGCUUGAUCACUUCACCGUGAGGAUGGAUCCUGGUUGCAACAAAUAUGAGCGACACUCAAUAGAGUCAUCAGUGACAGUUCCAUCAGAACGAACAUUUAGUAAUUUAAAUAGUUCUGACCCAAUAAAGGAAGAAGGUUUUGCUUACUGUGGCUGUGGAUGGCCACAACACAUGCUUAUCCCAAAGGGCACAACUGAAGGAUUUCCAGCAGAACUGUUCGUCAUGAUAACCGACUACGAUAUUGAUAAGGUAGAGCAACCACCACCAGAGGGAUGUCAGCAGCCUUUUAGCUACUGUGGAUGGCGCCGUCGCCUCUUCCCAGACACAAGAGCAAUGGGCUAUCCAUUUGAUCGAAUGCCUCGUGCUGGAGUCAGCACCCUGCAACAGUUUCUCACACCCAACAUGAAAGUGGUUGACGUCAAAAUAAGAUUCAACAAAAAAGUUGUUGCUUCGCGUUAUGCUAUUUGAGCCAGAUGUACAAUAUUCUAAUGUCUGAGGAUAACAUAUGUGUGUUGCUGUGUAUUGUACAGUUCCCAACAAUAAUUUAUGUGUGAGAAUUAAACUGUAAUUCUCAUGGGCCUGAGUAAUUUGAUAUAACACAAACAUCUGUACAUCUAUAAAAAGUUGUAAUAACAUUCAUUGCACACAAACAAAUAAAAUAAGAUACUUAAGCAUGGCAAGGGAAGUUCUUGCAGAAUGUAAAUAAUUUAGGAGUAAAGGAGGGCACUCAUCAAAUUAUAGAAGCAUUGAGUCAGUGACAGGCACACGAAAAACAAUGAAAACUUGACCUGCAAAGUUUUCAUCCUUUUUGUGUGUCUUUUGAUAACUCAGUGCUUCUGCUUUCUGGUGAGUAGUCACCUUUACUCCCAAUUCAGAGUUAAUGAAGCCAAUGACCAGAUAGUAGAAGCAGUGAGUUUUUCAUAUCUCCCUUUCUCUCUUACAGUAAUGACUAUGUGAAGCAUACUGUUAUUGCAUAUGCAUGUUCCUAAUUAACUAUAAAUAGGAAGUAAAAUACCAAAACAUUGCCAAAGUACAAAUAGUGGAACAAAGUAAAUUUUUAAUUACUAAACAUUUAUUUUAUUUCACGUUUAACCAAAAUUAUUUGCACCAUUCCUAUGGAAGACAUGCUUCAAAUUAUGUUUUGUUUGAGAUAAAGAAUAAACUUUGUAAUUAUAUUUUAUUACAACACAGUGCUAGUAGGAAUAGUAAUCAGAACAGUAAUGAAGGAAAUGGGAGUUGUGUCAUUGUUUGCUAAUUAAAGUACCUGCUAUAUGUUGUCUGAGGAGACAACAUAUAAAAAUAAAGGAUAAUGAGAACAUACAUUUUUACUGUGCUAGCAGUGGACAUGACAUUAACACGAUAAACAAAUGAGGGGGAAAUGUGAAGAAUAUGAGAUAUAAGGAAGGCAAUACAAAGAGGAAUGAUAUAUGAAGUUGGAAAGGAAAGGGACCUAUAAUGCUAUGAUGGAAAAAGAUACCAUACAGAAAGAAUGAGCAAAUAAGACUUGAAGAAUAUUGCUGUUGAAUGCAGGUUAGAAGCCAUAUUAUCUUGUAUAUGGAGAAUUGUUGUUCAACAGUACAAGUGCAUCACCAUGUUUUCCCCCUUUUUUUAUCCUUUUUAAGCAUAAAGCUGUAUUGACAAUAAAUGAUGGAAUUUGAUUUAAUGUGAAGAAAAUAUUAUAAUGAAUAUUUAGACUUCCAUAAUUUACUUGUUAGUAAAAACUGAUACAAUAGAACCAUGACCAUAAGUGGCAGUCUCAGUGUGAACAUCUUCAAAAGACAUUUUUUUUUUUCAUCAUAAUUUAAUUCAAUCAGUUGUAAGCUUGAAGAAUGUUUGUGCUCAGUAGCUUUUAAAGGAAACCUUGACAUCUGUU